AUGUCCUUCUCGAACAGCAGCGGUGGCACACUCGCCCUACCAUCACCAACCCACGCACACCACAUCGACGUCACAUCGGCAGUUCGCACUCUCCGACGCUCUAUUUCACGAUCACCUUCCAAGUUCUUGACGCGUUCCAACUCCCAAAAUUCGCUGAGCCCCGAAAGCCCCCACCAAACCUCACCUCAAUCACCUUGUCGUCGAUUUGGCGCAACACCGCAGAACCAACAACUUCUACCGUCCCACACCCGCUCAGCACCUCCUCAUAUCAACGGUGCCCCGCAUUCAACCGCCUUUACACCUUUCCGCCCCAGCGUUAGGCUCUCGUUGCGUUCCGCCAAGGCCGGUAAGACAUCGCCCUCACGACCGUUGACACGAGCACGCGCAUCUCCCAAAAGCCCUCUCAAGAGGGCGCUCAACAUGGCUCCCGAUAGCGGCAACUCACUACCUGCGGUACCUUUGGCUUCAGUUAUUGAUGCAUCAGGGCAAGAGAAUAACGCCCUGGGAGCUACAAGCCCCAUCUCUGUCAGUCCCGUCAAGCGACGCAGCCUCACUCUCGACGUCGCUGGAUCUUCGCCGACCUCAUUUCUCAAGUCUCUUGAUUCCAACAAUGAUGGCCAGAUGGUCCCAAACAACGGGUCAUUAAAGCGCAGCGACGCAACCAUGAAUCUGGACCAACCGAGCCAGGGAAGCCCGGUGGCUAAGCGACGGAGCUUGCAUGGAAUAUCGGGGCUGGGCCAGAACGAGGACCAAAAUAUCUUUGGUGCCAACACGACAUCUUCACAGAGCUUCUACAUACAUGAAGACUCAUCUACCGAGUAUGAGAUUGCGGGUACUAGCGGAUCACCAUUCCGCGAUCCCGUCCCCUCACCAACACCUGCGACGACGAAUGUUCCUAAGAGGUCAUCGUCCCUACGAAACAGCUUAACCGAGGAAGCACCUAUUUAUGCUCCUGUGGCCCGGAUGCCAGAUCGACCCAGACCUCACCUUUUCUCACGAUCCCUCCCUCUCAAUGCGACACGACCCAAUCGCCCAAAUGACAUGUCCAAGGCCAUGGCGACACCCAGCAACUCCCAGCUGUGGGUGGGCGCUUUCAACUCUACUGGGCUUAUUUCCAAGGUCAACCGAAAUCCCGAAGAGGAUGCCGACAAGAAGAUGGCUCCUCCUGAUACACCAUGCAAGAAGCACUCUAACCCCUUCGCUACUUUCCCUCCACCGGCUGGGAGUGCCAUGAAGAAGAGGGGUAACAACCGGAAUUCUUUUGGCGGUCUCCCUUCCACCCCAUUUGGUAACAGCACAGCCAGUUUUGGUAGGCCAGGAAAGGGCAUGUCAAUAUUCCAACGUGGCAGUGCUUCUAGGAGUGCACGUCGCGGUAGUGUCCUUAGCCUGGAUGGUGACGAACACAAGCUCUUUGGUGAAACGAUUGACUUUUCGACACCCAUGGAAGGCGAUGCUCCCCCUACUCCAACCAAGAACAGUUUAACUCCCAGCCUUAGCAAGGUCAGCGAGUACUCAUUCGAGAGUCCCCAUGAUAACCAUAGCCCAACUGCCAACCGAACAUUACACUCUACUACUCCGGUCCUCGGCACCUCUAUCCCUCGAGAAGCAACUUCCAGCCCCCUUGAUGGACGACGAACACCGCAAACGCCACGUGAGAGUUUGCUGCCUCUCGACACCAGCCGAUUGUCUAUUUCUCAGAUUGGCGAUGCCUUCUCAGAUAGCAUGCCACCUCCCGUUACCCCAACAGCAGGACGGGACUUGCGAUCAUCUACCAGCCUCCUUGUUACUCCCGUGAACGCCCGUACUAGUAACAUUGACAUUGACGCAAGCCUAUCCUCCCGAUUCGACAAAGUGGAGCAGAUUGGAAAGGGUGAAUUUUCUGUUGUCUAUCGUGUCACUCAGGCGGACCAUCAAAUGACAUUUGGCAACCUCAGUACAACCCCGACAACAAGCCCCACCAAGGGCAGAGUCUAUGCUGUAAAGAAGAGCAAGCAUGCGUUCCAGGGACCGAAGGAUCGGGAUACAAAGGUCCGAGAGGCCGAGAUUUUGAGGACUCUCAGCUACUCUGAACAUGUGGUCCAGUACUUCGAUCAUUGGGACUACAAUAACCAUCUCUAUAUUCAAACAGAGUACUGCGAAGAGGGUACCCUCGACAAGUUCCUGGGUACUGUUGGACGAGGUGGACGACUAGACGACUUUCGCAUCUUCAAGAUCCUCCAGGACCUGUGCUUGGGCCUGAAGGAUAUCCAUGACUCAGGUUUCAUGCAUCUGGAUCUCAAGCCGGCCAAUAUCCUUGUUACGUUCGAAGGUGUUCUCAAGAUUGGUGAUUUCGGUCUAGCCCAAUCCUGUUCGUCUGCCGAAGGCGUGGACGUCGAGGGCGAUCGUGAGUACAUGGCCCCGGAGAUGCUCAAGGGUAAAUCCUGCCAGUCCGCCGACGUCUUCUCUCUGGGCCUCAUUAUCCUUGAGACAGCCGCCAACGUUGUCCUGCCUGACAAUGGACCUACGUGGAUCGCCCUCCGCUCUGGAGAUCUUUCUGAAGUGCCAAGUCUUACCUGGAAUCCCUCUAUUGAGGUCCAGCGAGAUGCCACUGGUAACCCUACCGAGAUAAUGCAUAGCGAUGAUUUCACAAGUGGCAAGACGCACGACCCAAGCAACUUGUUUGGCCCAUCCAAGCGAUCGGAACUACUGCAGCCUCCCGAGUUUAUGGUUAAUGCCACCCACAACAGUUCUCUCGAUUUGAUUGUACGAUGGAUGACAGCUCAAGAGCCCAGUGAGCGACCAACGGUACAUCAGGUUUUGGAACUUGAGGGCCUGCAGUGGGUUGGCCAUCACCGCGCCGCACCGGCAACUGUUUAUGAAGGAAACUGGGGACCCGACGAGGAGUUGAUCCCUAUUUCCAUCGCAGAGGGCGGUGACAGUGACACAGAGAUGACUGACGUCUAG